ACAUUUCUUCUCCCACUCGUUAAAUAGCAUUGACAUUUGGAUUCCUCGUUCAUCAUCCCCUCUUCCUUUCAGAUCAACACACAAGUCCGAGGAUCUAUAGAGAAUCUCAAAGUCCAAGAAAGCGAGGAACCGCCGGCCCUGCCAUGGCAGCCGCCGACAUGAAGCGCUCCAUCGCCUACCAGACCAGCUUUGCACUCCGCCUCGCCUCUCACAUAUCCUCCCCCUCGAACGCCGACGGCAACGCCGCCCUGUCUCCGCUCUCCCUCCACGUCGUGCUCGGCUUCCUCGCCGCCGGUGCGGGUGGCGACACCCGCGACCAGCUCGCCACCAUACUUGGAGCAGCGGGUGCAGGCGAGGCCGAGAUCCUCCACGCGCUCUCCGAGCAUGUGGUGCAGAUCGUGCUCGCCGAUGCGUCCGGAGCAGGCGGCCCGCGCGUCGCCUUUGCGAACGGCGUCUUCGUCGACGCUUCGCUGCCGCUCAAGCCGGUCUUCAAGGAGAUAGCUUUGGGGAGGUACAAAGCGGAAACCCACUCCGUCGACUUCCAAACAAAGGCUGCUAUGGUUGCUGGUCAAGUGAACUCGUGGGUAGGUAAAGUAACUUCAGGUCUCAUUAAAGAGAUUCUGCCUGCCGGCUCUGUCGACAGUGACACUAAACUGGUUCUUGCUAAUGCCCUGUAUUUCAAAGGAGGUUGGACUGAGAGGUUUGAUGCGUCUGAGACGAAAGAUGAAAAGUUCUACCUUCUUGAAAAGAGCUCCGUAAAAGCACCAUUCAUGUCUAGUGCAAAAAGGCAGUACAUCUCAUCUUGCGACAACUUCAAGGUGCUUAAGCUUCCUUACCAGCAAGGUGGGGACAAGAGGCAGUUCUCCAUGUAUAUACUUCUUCCAGAAGCACGAGAUGGUAUCUGGAGCUUGGUAACAAAUUUAACCUCCGAGCCAGAGUUCCUAGAGAAUCAUAUCCCAAAGGGAAAGGUUCCAGUCGGGCACUUCAAACUCCCAAAGUUCAAGAUAUCAUUUGAAUUUGAAGCAUCGAAAUUGCUCAAAGGUUGGGGGCUACAGCUUCCAUUUAGCGCGGGAGCAGAUCUUUCUGAAAUGGCGGAUUCACCGUUGUGUGUCUCUUCCAUUUUCCACAAGUCUUUUGUUGAAGUGAAUGAAGAAGGAACCGAGGCUGCAGCGGCAAGUGCUGCAGUGGUCAUGUGCAAGUCCCUGCCUGUAGAGGACUUGCUCUUGCCGGUGGAUUUUGUCGCGGAUCACCCUUUCAUCUUUAUGAUCCGAGAAGACGUGAGUGGUGUGGUGUUGUUCACCGGUCAUGUGCUCAAUCCUGUAAUUGCAGCAUAGUAUGCGUGUUGUGAAUCAGUCCUUGGUGGUUGGUUCAUGUGUGACGACAUCUAUCUAUCACAUAUAGGUUAAGGGUUUCAACAUGCGUUCAUGCUGCCAGUGUAUGACAAUAAAAUGCGAGGAGUAAUAAGCAUGUGCUCAAAUAUUAUAAGUACCGGGAUAUGGACUAUAGCGGCAGCCUACAAAAAAGUUUGGUUUAUAG